CGCUCCGGUGUGGGGACCGUCCUGGGGCCGCCUGGGCGGUGAGGACCACCUGGCCCGACCCCCAGCUCCGCUUCCCGGGCCGCGGCAACUUCCGCCGCCUCGCUUUCCCUGGCGUUUCGGGACCCGAACUUGUAGGCCCUUGUGCGGAGCCCCGCAGGACGGAAGUGGGGAUUGUGGACUUUGGUCCAGGCGGUGGGGACCGGGAUGGCCUCCGUGCGGAUCCGAGAGGCCAAAGAGGGGGACUGUGGAGAUAUCCUGAGGCUAAUAAGGGAACUUGCUGAAUACGAGAAGCUCUCGGAUCAGGUGAAGAUCACUGAAGAAGUCCUGAGAGCAGAUGGCUUUGGAGAGAAUCCUUUCUAUCACUGUCUGGUCGCAGAGAUUCUUCCAGAACCUGGAGAGCAGCUGGGACCCUUUGUGGUGGGCUAUGGGCUGUACUACUACAUCUACAGCACAUGGAAAGGACGCAACAUUUAUCUGGAGGACAUCUACGUGAUGCCAGAAUACCGGGGUCAGGGGAUUGGCACCAAAAUAAUCAAAAGGGUGGCCGAGGUGGCUCUGGACAAGGGCUGCUCCCAGUUCCGCCUGGCAGUCCUGGACUGGAACAAGAAGGCCAUGGACUUGUACAAGGCCCUGGGAGCCCAAGAUCUGACUGAGGCUGAAGGCUGGCACUCCUUCCGCUUCGAAGGCGAGGCGAUGAGGGAGUUGGCAGGAAGGUGAUGCCGUCCCUCGGGGAUCUCUCUCUGCUGAGCCUCUCCUCCUCCGUGAACUCCGAACUCCGGCACUCCUCCAGCGAACUCCGGCUUCCAUUUCCGGUGCAUAUUGCUUAAGUAUGCAAAGAGUGGAAUUCAGGGGCGGCCUUUCCUCCUCGUUGAGGGUGAACAAUAAAUGAGUCUUGCCCUGUC